AUGGCCACCAGAGACGGGCCGAGCGUUCCGCGCAAGAAGUCAACAACCUACGGCAAGACAUCGCGAAAACGACCCAUACACGCUUUUCUUGACCUGUCCAAUGCUUCGCGACGCGCCGGCGACGAUGCCACGCAAACAACCGAAGCCUCCUCAGCGCCUGCCGACCAGCUCUACGACCUCUACGACCCACCCUCCGAUGACCCCUUGCGCCUUCCGUUGCCUCGGCACGUUGAGCCUUUCUCUGAUGCGACGGCAACCCAGCCGGAUGGGUCGAAUAAACCGAAGAAGAGGAAGGUGUCUGUAGCGCCUGUGGGCAAAGCCGAGCGCAAGAUCGAUGUCAAAACACCCAUCAUCGCUUCACCAGCGGGGCUGCCUUCCCGCACCCGCCGAGCGAAAUCGCCCUUCAAUAUUAACACAUCAAAGUCUCUGCGCGCCAUCAAACAGGACUCACUACCCGGUGGUCUUGAGAAACCUAAGAUACAGAAACAAGCCGGGUCACGCUCGAUCGCUUCUCAUCCCCGUGCCGAGGUUGAGGUUUCUCGCAGGACCGAGACCAAAUUGCAAAUUCGACCAUCAUCCUCGCAACCUUCCGAAGAGCUGUUCCGGGCAAACUCAAGCACCACAGUUACGAAACCACCAGCCACCAAACCCAAAGUGCUGUCCGAGCCGAAGCGUAUCCGUCUUAUUGACCAGCUAGCAGCGCAAACAGAAGAUUCCGACUCCGACUCCGAAUUAUCAGAUUCUUCGGAGCCGUCUCGAACAGCGGCGAGCAAUGUUUCUCCAUCUACUCCAAUGAAGCCUGUUGAUAUGACAACGAAACCAUCAAUGAGGCCCAAAGUGCUUUCAAGCACCAGGAAGCUGAGAUCGACAUACGGAGAGCAAAGGACGCUGAAGGCAGAUGAGUCGGGAGGAGACAGCCUGGGCAGCCAAAUAGGCAUCGACGGCAGCCAGCAUGAUCUGAGUCCGCCCCCGACGAUGUCGAAGCUUGCGUUAUUCACUUUCGAAGAAGAGGAGAUUGAACAAGAUGGUUCUGCCAAAGGCGGUGGCAUCAUCGACAUCCACGCGCUAAGGCAAGCGGGUGCCAAUCAUCGAUUUGCAGACAGCAUGGCCGAUUUGCUUGACAGAGUCGGCACGCCUCAGCCGCUAAGAUCGCAGCCAGCCCGUUCGAGGCGCAAUGCCCUGUUAGAGCUGGCGAGCAAGCUACGUGAUAAGACGUUUGUUCGCCAGUUUCGCGAGCAGGGUGCGAAGGAUGCCUUAUUUCACGCUCUCGGACAAGAAGAGGACUUUGUCAGCGGCUUCGUCCUCUUGUCCGUUGUUCUGGUUCUCUUCACGUCAUAUUCGGUACCCCAUCUCGUCCCACAGCUACAGACCGAAGGUAUUGCGCAGCUAGCCUCGAGGAUGUUCACACUCGACGAAGAUAUUGUCAGUAUUGCGGCGUACCAGAAAUCUAAUCUAUCUAGGAACGCACAAUCAUCACUUUCUGCUUUGAAAUCUACUAUUCAGCACCUCGAUUUAUGGAAGGGCUCGCCGCCUGUCACGCUGUCGCCGAGAACGGUUGCUUUGAAAGCCAUAUCCGUACUAUGCAAGGAUGGUGACAGUACCGCAACACGACAUAUCCUCUCUGGCUUAACAGAUCAACUCUUCGGCUUCGCCGAGACGGGCUGGGAACAAUGCAGAGCGCAUGGGAUUGAGGGAACAGACGGCGGCCUAGCGCUUUCUCUCCUAGAAGGCUACUCGAUUGCAGCCAUGGAAUCCGACGCCAGCUCUCGAUGGACAAAGCGAUAUCUUCCUAUCCUCGCAGAUAUUCUGACAACAGCCAUGGCACGACCUAUGCAGCAGUUCGGCAAUUUCGAGUCGACAGCGUUGAAAUUAGCGCUAAAUACAACGAACAACAAUCCCGUCGCUGCAAGCGCCUUUAGUCAGGGAGAUCUCUUCCGCGAGCUAGCAGAGGCUAGCGUUGCGGGCUUUGGGCUCUUGGAGCAGUCUAUCCGCAAGGGGGCCUUUUCCAAGGAUGUCUACGAGACACUCAUGCUGCUGCUUGGCGUCAUGAUCAAUACCUCAGAGCACUGUCCUUCAGCCCGGCAGUCCAUAGACGCCUGGCAGGGGCAGGGCGGCUCAUCCUUGGACAGGCUGAUAGGAGUCUACCUGGAGAACCGCGAGUCGGUGGGCACAGCCGAUUCGGUUGAGAAAACCUCAGUCGCUGUAGUCCACGGCUACUUAGCGAUACUAUUGGGCUACUUGUCGCUGGGUAAGCAAGUACGCCAGCGGCUGGAGGAAAAGAGUCACGGCAGUGGCACCAAGUAUUUGCUCGAUUCCAUCCAAGAGUUCAUGGCUUUGCACCAGAAGCUAGACACGGAUGAGUUGACGACAAGCUUGCAAAACCUUGUCAAUGAGCUCAGGCAGAGACACAGGGCCUCAAGUCGGUAG